AUGGGCUUGGACGAUUUCCCGCGGCCUCCUACCACUCAACAUCGGAGCACAACCGCGAACUCGAGUCAGUCGAACAAUUCUCGUCGUAUCGAUCAGAAUUAUUCGCCGCCUUCAACACCACCGUCAAACGGCCGGAAGCAGCAGUCUCAACGCCGGCAAUAUCCUCCGUCCCGUACGUCGAAUAGCGGAUACACUUAUACGGAAACGUUUCUUGACCAUGGCAAUACAGUCGAGCAGUUGCUCGGUCGUGCCAGCGAGUCCGGGGACGAGCUCGACCCGCACGAUCUAGCACUGUCACCGAAACAUGUUACGAGGACGUCGGUGGUGGAUAAUAUGCUUCUUUCUCUGGACCAAUUCACUCCAGGUUCGCCUUUAUUCAGUGACACUCGCUUCUUCAACGACUCCCCUGAACCCGAUCCAUAUCUGUAUAGCAGUAGCAGCCAUCGAUUCUCCCUUGCUCAGCAACAACGGUUUCGGAGCCACACAUUAUCUUCAUCUAUUUCCUCCGACAUUGGGCCUGCUCUGUACGGUGACGAUGACUACCCACAGAUACCUCGUUCUAGCGGGCGCAGGAGCAAUGGCAGCUCGUCGCAUCCGCUCUCACAGCGGCGCCAGGACACUGUCCGUAGCAGAGAUAGCGCCGGCUCCGGGUAUCCAUCGAGGGCUUACGACCUUGAUGAAAUGACGGCUACACUACCACCAGUCUCGUCAAGAAGACAUGCACCGCGCCAAGCAAGCAAGGACAGUGCGGAAAGUGCAGACUUCGCGUUUGAUGAGCAUUACCUGAACUAUAGCCAUAGGCGCUCUAUGAGUCUUGAUUACGGCUCGCGACCUGCAUAUCUGUCGAAUCCUCUUCAGGGAUCCGGAUUGAAUCUCGAUGAUCUGGAUGCAGCUCCCACUCCUACGGUACCACCUGGGCCUCGACGGGAUCCGUUGAGUGGACUGCCUGGUAGUCUACCACCGCCUCGAGCUCCGGCGUUGUCGCGAAGGAACAGCAACCGUUCAGCUCGGAGUACGGCGACGAGAAAGAGUCGCCCAGAAACUCUCGGGACAUCCACCAUCAAGUACCAUGACGAUCCGCCACGGCCUCCCCUACCAAGCUCCUUUAUUGAUCCCUCAGCGCCAAGUCCCACUAUAUCAUAUCAGAAACCACCCGUGUUGUCUUCGGCAGAUACGACUCCAGCCAAGGAAAAACAGGGCUUUUUCAGACGUGUAUUCGGGUCGUCCAAAGCGUCUUCUGAACAGUCAACACCAGAACAGUCUAAAUUGCCAAUGCCUAGGUCAGACAAUCCAGCUACCCCGAGUCAGCCUCGCCAGGAGAGUACACAUCCUGUUGUAGCGAAGAAGGCUUCGUCGUUUUUCCGUAGGCGCAAGAAGUCCGUUGUGGACAGUAUACCGCCGCCUUUGAAUCUGGCGCCAAAUGCUCCGAGGGGUCUGGAUGUACAUCCGGAGCCUAGUCCUGCAAGUAGUCUUCGCCAGGUGAUGGAUCCUUAUCUCUCGACUGCCGCUUCUUCGUCGAAGAGGGGGACCAAGAAUAACACCGAAAUAUACUCGGAUGUGCCGGAGCACAGCCCGACCUAUCUGCGAACGGACCACUCGUUUAUUGAAGAUACUACUCCUCGGCCAAAGUUGCGGCAGAGUCGAACUGCAGACGGGUCAAAUAAUGCGCUGCCCAUGGCCAAGAGCAAUUGUACUAACAUUCUCAGUAGAUCUGAAAACGAGAGCUCAACCAACAAUAAACAAGAAGAUAGACCUCAAACAAGUCCGGUUGGCCCUUAUAGCAAUGCGACGGGAGGUUCUCAUCCUGCUAUGCCAGAAAAGAAAUUGCAGGUCAACACGUCAUCGAAAAAUCUCAUACCUCCAUCUGAGGUCCAGAACAGUACCGUCCUGCAUUCUGGCCUUUCACCGAAUAACUCUAGCCGUGGCUCUCUGAGACGUGAAUCUUCCAUCAUAUCAAAUCUUUCCGCUUCGGACGCUUCUCAAUAUCAUACAGCUUCCAACUCGCCAAGGAUUGAUACACCACUUAUCAAGACGACAAUGUCUCCCCAUACGGAGAACACUGAAAAUGAAACUUCUGACGAGUUUAAGGAUACGCCUACUGCAGAAGACAGGGAGAUUGCUCGUCGAUUAUUUGACAAUCCGGAUGAAGUUGUUGAAAACGAGCCUGCCGCUUGGUUGGGAGAUGUUGAUCGUGCCAUGGUUAGGAAAGCGUAUAUGGAUCUGUUCAACUGGACGAACAUGGACAUUCUAGCUGCUCUUCGCAGUCUUUGUACUAAGAUGGCGCUUAAAGGAGAGACGCAACAGGUUGAUCGUGUUUUAGAUGCAUUAUCCACGAGGUGGUGCGAAUGCAAUCCAAAUCACGGUUUCAAAGCAGUCGAUGUGGUGCAUACCAUCUGUUACUCGCUACUGCUCCUAAACACGGAUCUACAUUUGGCAGAUAUUGAGCAGAAGAUGACCAAGACCCAGUUUGUGCGCAAUACACUGCCCACAAUUAAUCGCGUAGCUUCAGAUGCGGCGCCUGAUGGAUUUGAAACAAUACGUGCUAGUGGAAACAAAUCUCGUGGUUCUUUGAACAUAGCUGCCAAGUCCCCAACCUUGCCUCAAGGUGAACUGACGCUUCCUCCUACCGAAACGGAGACCAAGGCUAGGAGAAGUUCAGUUCUAAUGGAUGGCUCGAGCUCUUAUGGACCUUUGAUAUCUACACCUUUCCAGGGCACUAUAAAAGCAUGGGAGGCACAGAUUGAGAUUGUUUUGAAGGAUUUUUACAACUCCAUUCAGAAGCAACGUCUGCCGUUGUAUAACGCACCGGCAGAGUCUGAAGGCCUUGCUCCUCCUACAACGGCAACAGGCAAUAUUCUGCGUCGCAGUCCGAGUGUGCUCAGCAAGACCGGUUCAGAGAUUAUUCCACGCGGCCGGUCUGCCGAUUCUCGAAUGACGACGGGCCGAUGGUCAUCUAAACCAAGAUCUCGAGCUCGUCUCUAUCCAGCUUCGACGAUGGCGUCGAGCCGUACGAGUCUUGAUGAUCAAUCGUCAGUUUGGAGUCCGUCGGCGUCGAGUACUUGGAGCAAGUAUUCACUCGGCAAGACAAUGACUUCGAUGUCUGUUGAUUCGCUCGGGUCCGAGUACCAUCGAGGCGGGUAUCAGCAAUCGAUCGGUUUUGCGAAUGCUCUAAGCCAUGCUAUUAUCCGAGAAGACACGGCGCACUCGAUUUCUAGUUAUGAGGAUCCAGGCGCUACCAAACCGCUGCUCGAAGAUGAGACCUUGGAGCUUUUAGGUGCUCCGUGGGCCAAGGAGGGCAGUCUUAAACAUAAACAGCAUCUGGAAGCUGUCGACAAGAAAGCUAAAGACCGCAACUGGAAUGAAUGUUUCGCAGUUAUUCAGCGUGGCUGGCUAAGGCUUUUCUCUUUCAGCGCUAAUACCAAAUCGAUGCGGGUGAAAUCCAAACAGCGACAAGGUGGCGGUGGCGGUGUCGUCGUAGGAGGUGGUAACUGGAUGGAGAAUGCGGAAGAAGUCUGGAAAUUCCUCCUUCGUCAGACCAUAGCCAGCGCUCUACCCCCUCCGGGCUACUCCAAGUCUCGUCCUCAUGUAUGGGCCCUCAGCCUUCCAACAGGUGCCGUACAUCUAUUCCAAGUCGGCACAGCCGAAAUCGUACGCGAAUUCGUCACCACAGCCAAUUACUGGAGUGCUCGACUCUCGAAACAACCCUUAGUGGGCGGCAUCAGCAAUAUGGAAUACGGCUGGAGUGACGCAAUCAUCAACAGCGCCCUGGUCAAUAUGGAUAAUACUCGAUCACCGCCCAACUCCUCCGGCGCAGGGCCCCAACCACCACCAGCCCGGCCCAGUUUCCAAAGCUCCAUCCGCAGCUCCCUCGACCAACAAGGCGGCGUGCGCGCAAAACUACCCGCUGAUCGCGUACACCUCAGCGACUGGACCCCACCACAACAAAGCAUGAACGCCUCCAACCUCAGCGAAGCAGACCAACUCACUGCUUUACAAACAUAUGUGAAAAACGUCGAAGACGAUUUACAAAAACACAACGAACUUCGUCCCGCAGUGCUCCUCGCUUUUUCGCCCAGACACCCCAACGCGGCAAAAGCGAUGGCGAAUUGGGAACGGAAAUCGUCGUAUUUGUUGAGAGAGAUUGUCAAGUUUAGGACGUAUAUUGAUUGUUUGGUUGCGGCAAAAGCGCAAAAGGAGAAAAUUUAUGCUGAGAGGGAGGCUGAGAUUGAUGCUGAAGGUCAUGCUAGUAAUGAUGAUGGUGAAGAGGGGGAUGAUACUAUCCUUGCUUCUUAGUUUCUAUUUUCUUCUUCUUUUAUCUGGGUGGUUUAACUUCUUUUCCUGUAAAUAUAUUUUUCACUGUUUCUUUCUUUUUCUUUCCUUCACCGCUCUCUAUUCCAGCUUGUCGACCCUUACAUCUCGGACAUUGUUCCAAGGGAGGAAAGUCCUUUCGGUGGUUUGAUGAUUUCACUUUUUUCCGCCUGUUGCAACGCCCUUUUUUCUCCUAUGGGAGUGUUGUUUUCUGAACAAAUGACCUUUUGCAUCUAUUAUUACUCUUGUAACGAAUCUCGUUCGAUUUCCUUGCUUUAUAUUCUCUUUUCAUUUGUGUUGUAUGUACCUAUUCUAAUGAGCAAAAAAAUUCUAAUUACAAUUUUUCUAU